AUGCCAGAAAAAGAGGAGAGAGAAGUGCUCGCUCAAGUCAUCAGACAGUGGAACAACAACAGACUGGACCUGUUCGAAAUCAGCCAACCAGACGAGGUGAGUCGUCCGCAGACAACAAACAAGCUUAAGACAACAGCGACAUUGGUGUGUACAUUCAGAUUAACAACAGUUCUUUUUUUAACAAAACUGUCUGUACUAAAGUUAGGAUGAAACUCAAUAUAAAAAGAUCACACUCAAAAGGUUUCCAAUGACCCAUCGAACAAAUAUUCUUCUACAUGUGGGAAUUAGUGUGCUGAAGACAUGGAGGUUAUUUACAAGGGUUUGUAAAAUUCUCAGCAAUAACUCCACCUAACACUGUGGGCUGGUUUUCAAAGCUGCAUUGUGGGAAAUGUAGUAACCAUACUGGGUCCUGAACCUUUCAGAAACCAAAAGUGAUUGCUCCCUGUAGUUGUCAUUACUUUCCUACUGAAAUGAUCCUACUUUAUUGCUAUUUUAUUUUACGUAUUCUUUCUUUGCAUAAAAAAGUCAAAGUUUGAACAUUUCAUCGUAAACUAUGUACUUUUUUAUGACACUAAUUUUGCAGUGUAGUUUGGCAGAAGUGGAAUUAAAGUAAAUAAGCUUCAAAGCCCCUGUGAGGAGUUUUUCCAGUUGACAACACUGACAAUAUUGAAAAUUUCUAUAUCAGAUUGGAUAGCAGCUAAACAUGCUCAGAGAGAAAUCAUGUCACACCAGACACCAAGCUGUAGAAACAAACUUCCAUUGCAUUUUCAAUGGCAACCCCUCACAGUAACACAUUUCACUGUUCAAAGAAAGUAGGGUGUCUUUUACCAAGUCUGAAAAAAGCAAAAUUGGAGGCGGAAACAAGAUGGCUACAUCUACCAAAGUUACUUUAGCGCUUGCCUUGUCCGAAUAUAAGGCAAGCGCUAAAGUAACUUUCGUAGACGUAGCCAUCUUGUUUCAGGCCUCCAAUUUCGCUUUUUUCCAAAUCAGUAACUGAAACGCCGGAACUCGGGUGUGACAUCAUUUUCAGCUUCGACAUCUGACUUCCGAGGUAACUCUAACGCAGCAUUAGGCACAAAGGACUGAUGGAUUGGUCUGGGAUUGGUUAUCUCGGUUAGUCAAUCAGAGUUACUCGAAAUACGGCAAGCCAAGUUUAUUACCAUAAAAAAAUAAAUACAGAGUAUUGAAUGGGGGAAAAUAAGCGUGAGAAAUGUCACGUGUGGCAUGUGGUGUGAGAAUGGGUCACAUUCAAAGCGUGACACUUGGCAGCUCUGUGGUCUACAGAUCGCACUAAAAUUAACCAAAAGUUCCACACAGCAGCUUUAAAGUCCCACUUGCAUCGUGUUUUUUUAUUUUUUAAAGUGUUCUCAGUGGUCUUUAAAUUGUAAUUCUUAAGUUUUCAGCCCAAAUCACAUUACCUGUUUCAUUUUCAAGGACUUUUCUUCUGCAGAGCUUCAGUAGAUCAUUAGAAAUUCGCCUCUGAGUCGUGGGCGGAGACAGCGCUGCUCUGCACUUUCCUCUUCACGUUAGCUUGCUGCCUAACAUUGUCAGUACAGCAGAAGUGGCAGGUAACAAAGGGGCUUCAGCUCUCAGACUCUGAAGUCUUUGCAGGCCCAUGUAUUGGGUAAAGUAACAUAAGCAUGUGAGGUUUUUUUUAUGUAUCAUGAUAGUUUUUUUUCUAAUGAAACAACCUUGUUGAAAUGAUAUCAUUAAUCCUUUCAUGGAAGUGCCAACAGGAUGUGCCAGCUUUAGAGUUACAGCACGAAGAAAACAAACCGUAGACAGGAUUGAAAUGAGACAUAUGUGAUUAGUUUAGCUGGGCAUUUGGAAUUAGAACAAUUUGUAUAAAGGGUGUUGUAUUUUUGUAAACAUAUCACUUACCAACUUUCCAACAAAAGUAUGACUCUUUUCGUCUCCUUGCAGAACUUGGAGUUUCAUGGGGUGAUGCGCUUCUACUUAGAGGAUCAUGUUGGAGGAAAUGUGGCCACAAAGUGUCUGCGUGUUUCCAGUAACGCUUCAACUCAAGAGGUCAUUGAAACUCUGUCAGAGAAAUUCAGGCCCGAUAUGAAAAUGCUGACGACAUGUUACUCCCUGUACGAGAUGCACGCCAGCAAAGGUAAAAGUGCCAUCCAGGUAACAGCUUUUGGAGUCAGGUACCAAUAUUGUGAAGUCUAGUAGUGAAAUCUAAACUCCAGAAACUGGUCUCAUUGGUUCUCAAUAGUCUACAGAGUGUUGUUGUUGUGGGACGGGGUGAUGCGACAUAAUAGUAAACAUGACUCUUCCCAACUGCAUCAGGUUGAAAGUAAGCAUUUGUAUUUCAUAAAACAAGAAAAUGUCUGUUUCAACACCAAAUAUGUCAUCUUUGCUCUAUUUCCAAUUAGAUAUAGUGUUUAAAUGAUUUGGAAACCAUCAAAAUCUGUUUUUAAUCAACAUUUUACGGAGCUUUCUAACUUUUUUGGAACUGAGGGAGGAUAGAAAUGUGUAAUCAUAAAAGUUUUGCAUGUUUCACUUUGUCUGGCUGUUUAAUUUCAGAGUUAAGAGCUGCAGUUUCAGGAGUAGUGAUUCAUCUGACUCAAAUAUUUCUUUGUUGUUGUAAUAAGAACGUAAACUGGACCUGAAUGAGAGGCCGUUGGCUGUACAAUUACGCUGGACCACCAACAGCCGAGAGGGACGUUUUGUACUCAAGAGAGACGAGGAGGGUUCUGAGGUACCGCCAACAUGAAACUGUCUGUAGUUUCAUUCUGAAGCUGCCCACACAUCGUCUUAUAUCGAAGCUUUUUUAUCCGUUUUAAAAAGGAAACCUGUCAAGAGAAGGAAAAGGGAGGCGUGAUCCAAAACUUCAAGAGGACACUGUCACAAAAAGACAAGAAGAAAGAGAAGAACAAAAGUAAAACUUCUGACAACGUUUCAGAGGAUGUGAACGGGUAAGAUUCAUCUUUGUUCACUAUGAAUCUUUAUUUUCCAGACUGCUGGCUUCAGGGCCUACCUCACUGUCAGAAUAACAUCCACCUAUUAAAUCAAAUAUCCAGGUCAGCUGAACUGCCACUGAACGGGAUUUGUGUGUCCGACCAUGAAACAACUAAACUACAGAGGCAGACUGACCACGGUAAGUCAACUGGGAACAUACAUAAUGAUGAACAGUCAGCCUUUUAAACAAGCAAGAGCAUCUAUUAGUCAAGCAGACAGUACAAGUAUGACUUCUCUUUUCUAUAAUUCAGGAGCAAAGCACACAGAAAUCCUUUAUCCAGAUCAGCCUGGACUACCUAUUGGCAUUAAAUUCUGUGACAACUGUGAGUAUGAAAAAGAAAAGGUUUCCUGCUACUCAUAUGAGGUACUUGCUCACCUUUAUUCCCAUAAUGCCGCCCUGCCCCCUGCUGGUGUGUUUGCAUUACAGCUGAGGAGGCCCUCCUGUCUGCAGUCAUAAAUUACACCAACAGCUCCACAGUUCAUUUCAAGCUCUCACCUGCGUACAUCCUCUAUGCUGUGGGACACUUUGCUCUGCGACGGCAUCACAGGCGAAGCUCUGCCCCACCACACGGUGUAACCUCCAUCACAAACAAAAUGGUAGCCAUGACGGGGAAGGUCAUCCAGGCAAGACCUCUUACUUUUUACUCGCAGCUUAGUUUAAUAGCAAAGUAGGAAUCGAUUUGUUUAGAUAUGAAGAGGAAAUUUUCAUUUAUCUCACUUCAAAAUGUUCAAAAGCUGAGAAAUCAAAGUCAUGUCUUCAAGGUGUGUUGUUGUGGGAUUACGUAACUUUGCUGCUAAAUUUACAUCGCAGAGGCAGCAGACCAUCGCCGGCGCCCUCGCCUUCUGGCUGGCCAACACCUCGGAGCUAUUGAACUUCCUCAAGCAUGACAGAGACCUCAGCUCCCUCACACAGCAAAGUCAGCUGGAUCUGUCCCACCUGGUACACAAGGCCUACAGGUACAGAGGACUGAGUGACGUAGAAAACACAAACCACAAACACAGCCUUUCAACACCCAUCAGAAGAGACACAGCAAUAACAGCAAGUUGUAUGACCGCUUUUACUCAUUUUUCAUGAUUGAAUAAGUCUGAUAACCUGCAGCGCCUGGAAUACUCUACAGGUGAUCAGAUAAAUAUACAUAAAUGUAUAUACAGGCAUAAUAUAUCUCUUUUAGAAUAGAUUUUAAGGUUGCUUUAUUGGUUUUUAAAGCUCUUAAUGGCUUUGGCCCUUCUUAUUUAUCUGAUCGUCUUUUACCUCAUGAGCCAGGUAGAGUUCUCAGGUCUUCAGGAAGUUCUCUGUUAACAUUACCUAAAGUUAAAACCAAGACAUAUGGUGAGGCAUCUUUGUAUAACUACGGCCCCCGUCUAUGGAAGAGUUUAUCUGAAGACCCGAGGACUGCAGCUAAUCUUAAUGACUCAAAACGGACCUUUUUUAUCUUGCUUUUAACUAAAUUUUAUAUCAUUAACUUUGUUCAAGUGUUUUAGCAUUUAUCUCCUUCUAGUUUUAAUGACAGGAUCAUCUUUUAUUGAGCUAUUUUGGUGCUCUUAUUUUAGUAUCUUUUACUGUUGUUUUGAUUGAUUAUUUCUUAAAUUUUAUUCUUUGUUUCUUUGUUCUUAGAUUUUAACCUGAACCUCCAGUGUUUCCUGAUCUUGAGUUUUAAAAUCACGUUUCCUCAGUGUGCAUAUGCUGUUUCCACAAAAUCAAGCCCUUUUUAAGUUAAUGCAUUUUAAUACAGUUUCUGUUGCGUUUAGGUCCUGGGGUGGGAAUGAGGGGUUGGGCUGGGGUAGAUUUGGGUUUUCUUUGUUUCUGUUAUUCCUUUUUUUCUGUGUACAGCACUUUGUGCUACAUGGUCGUGUAUGAAAAUUGCUAUAUCAAUAAAGACUGAUUGAUUGAUUGAUAAAGAGAACUAAUAAGGCCUCUCCAAAAAAAAAGAAAAACACUGCAGACUCAGUGCACACAGUAUUACUUAUUCGAUGACUUGUUUGACUGCAGGAAUAGUCGAUAGGAUACUCAGUCACUAAAAUAACUGCAGCCUUAUCUGAAAAUAUAUAUAAUUAUGAAUACAUAAGCACAAUCUAUAUGCUGCCGCCACAGCGCAGAAAUGCCAAAGUGUUACAGCGGAUUGAGGGAUAUUCCCUUUUUUACUGAUCGGUAAAAUGUGAACAAUAUAAACAACUCUGAUGUUCAACUGUUUCUUAUUUUCUGUCUUAGUUUUCUGCUCCAGUGUCUGCAGAAUGAGUUAAGAAAGCAUUUGCCAACUUUUUUGAUCGAUCCUGAGCAACAUGGCAAAUUGCCUGCAGGUAUAGGUAAGUAUCCGCACACAACAUACUUCAAGCCUCUUGAAUUUUGCACAGCAAUCUGUCCCCCUGUUCAAAGACGACUCACCUUUGACUUGCCUUUUUGCAGAGAUGGUGCUCAACACCUUAAUGAACACCAUGUCCCUGUUGCGCCGCUGUCGGGUCAACCCUGCCCUCACCAUCCAGCUCUUCUCCCAACUCUUCCACUUCAUCAGCGCCUGGCUUUUCAACCAGCUGAUGAACCCAGAGGCCAAAACCGCAGGCCUGCGUUCACAUUACUGGGGAGCUGCUCUCCGCCAGAGGCUCACAGCCAUCGAAGCCUGGGCAGAAAGGCAGGGCCUGGAGCUGGCUGCGGACUGCCACCUUGGACACAUAAUCCAGGUUGGUCCCUCCAGGCACAUGUCUAACAAAACAAAAGACAAGUUUCUGUGAUAUUUCAUUAUUUUUCCAUGUUAUGUGCCAAAAGUUCACACCUCAUAAACUCAUUGACACCAUACUGGAGUGCUCUCUUUUUAAUGAACUUCUUGGCAAGAUAACACGUUUUUAUGUUUUACCUUAUUUAUGCAUUGUCGCUCUCACCUCAACAUUAAUCUGUCAGAGUCUGUCAGGGAGAUAUAUCAGUUUGUACAAGCUGAAAAAAAAACCCUCUCUGCAUUUUCUGUCUGUUUCCAGGCAACCAUGCUCCUGACCAUGAAUAAGUACUCCAUGCAGGACAUGAAGGACGUCCAGAGUACCUGUUUUAAGCUGAACUCACUGCAGCUCAAGACUUUGCUAGCUGACUACCUCUAUGCGACCAAUGAGCCUCACAUCCCCCCAGUGAGUACUUUUAGGUGGAUUUCUCUCAUUCUUUCGUAAUUCUUCAUCCAUAAUCAUGUGUUUUGAGAUGAAUCCCUACAACAGACUUUGUAAUAAAAGCACUACUGAUAGUAAGAGCUUAAAUCACAACAUUUUUAAAAAGAUGUGAGGUGUUUUGCAUGAAUAUUUGAUGGUUUUUGCAUUGAUGUUAAUGGUUAACAAGAGUGGAUCAAUGUGAUGGCAGCUUUAACCAGAAAAAAACAUCAACAUCAAAUAAUCUAAUUAUAUGGAUAAUUAACAAUUACAGCUAUAAUAGUGAAUAACUAUUUACACUUCCUGAUUUCAAAUUAAAUAAAAUUUCUAGUAUUAAACAAAAACUUUCUGUCUAAUUCUAUAUUUGCAAGAACAUGUCAAGACUGAAGUUAAUGAAGGGUGAGAACUCUGUAAGUGGGCUUCAUGCAAAAAUGCUCAAAUACAAUACUGCCCUCUAGUGAACCAUAGGUUCAACAUCAGAAGGUAAGAAGGAAGCCACAAACCAAAGAAAGUGUAGAACUUAAAAAGGAUAAUUAUAACAUGCAAAAUUGAGCAAAUUUCUUACCUGAAGUAGUAGUAGUUCUUCUUCUUCUUCUUCUCUAUAAAAAAAAAUUAUAACAUCUCAAGUUUCCAUCUAUCAUCUUUUCUUUCAGGCCUUUCAAUGACAGACAUAUAUAAGUGUUAUUAUACUUCAUUUACAAAGAUAGGAAGUGCAGUGAUUACUGCAUGAUUAAGUAUUAGCUAUAACAUGAGGUACAUGAGUCUACUGAGAGCUUCAAAGUUUCUGGUUAUCAGUUAGUUUCACCGCGACCAUAUUUCUUCUACUAUAACUUCUUAUUUGUGCUGUUAGAGAGAAUUGUCAUUUUUAUAGCUAAAACCUGCAGCUACUCACAACUUUAAUGCCGUACUUUCCCACCUUCACGGUGAGGUCAGCGUUCAGGUCAUCUCGGUGUUUAGCUGAGAAUCACAGCAGGCAGAUUGGAUGUCCUUUCCCUGACGCCUUGUCACAGAAUGACAAAUGCCAAUCCAUACAACUCGAACGACCUCUUCCUGAAAUAUAUCCGCCGUCUGAUCCACUUGUCAUCCUCGCUGCAGGAUUUGAUCGAUGCUGUAGUGACGGCUGCAGAGGCCUCAGCAGAUAACCUGAUUCAUAGAGAAGGACGGGACAUCCAGCUGGAGGAGAGCCUCGACCUCCACCUGCCCUUCCUGCUGCCGGACGGAGGAUACUCCUGUGAUACUGUCAGAGGGAUCCCACCAGGGUUCAGGGAAUUUUUAGAGCCAAUUUGCCGGAAAGGUGUGGGAUUUUGUACCAUAUUUUCUUACACUGUAGAAUAAAAAGUAAAUGUGAUGUAGCACAAAUGACUGGUUUGAUACUGACAUCUUCUCUUUCAGGUCUGUGCUCUUUAAUAUCCCAGCCGAACUCUAAAGGUGACUGGACGGUCUACUUCAGAGAACCGACCUCAUCUGCAGACAGAACAUACUUGGUGAGCAAAAACACAGACUCCUCUGUUGUAAUACAGACCCUUUCCAAAAAAUUAGAAUAUCAUUGAAAAGUUUAUUUCCAUUCAAAAAGUUAAACUUUCAGAGAUUAUAGAUUCAGGGCCCACAAUUUAAACCAAGUAUUAGUUUGUUUAUUUUUACACAAUUUGGACUUCCAGAUCAUAAGACCCACGAAAACAUGAAUUCAAAAUAUUAUAAUACUGUGAAGAAACCGGCCCAAAUGUUGCAGGGUAUUAAUGUUUUAAACUGAGUGUCACACACUAAUCAUCUACUAAACUCAAAACACCUGCACAGGUUUCCCCAGGUGUAUCAAUGGAGGAUAUCAAUGAUGGUCCUCUGGCCAGUUGUCAAGUCUGCAGUCUUCUCCAUAUUGAACCAAACUGAGACAAUUAAACCAAACUGAAGCAAUUAUAUGACACCUGGGGAAACCUGAAAAUAAACAAAUAAAUACUUGAAAUCAUUGAAAUUGUGGGCCCUGAAUCUAUAAUCUAUGAAAGUUUAAUUUUUUUGAAUGGAAUUAUGGAAAUAAAUAAACUUUUCAAUGAUACUCUAAUUAUUUGGAAAGGGUCUGUAGAUACAAAAAGUACUCAAAUAAAGAAAACUUAACAAACCAGUACAAUAAUUCAUUCUGUUUUCUUGAAUAGACUGCACAGAGAGAGCCAGAGAUUGUGACCAUCACUCUGAACAAACCUCUGAACAGUGGGAUGGGGGUCAGCAUCGUGGCUGCCAAGGUGUCUGGCCUAAUUAUCAACAUUUUUGUCCGAACUCUGAUUCAAACGAACCGUAACGUUUUAAGCACCGAAAGUUUCAGCUAAACGUCCAACUUAAUUUACGCCCUCACUCUUUUUUUUUUUUUAUGCUGCAGGGAGCAGGGCAAGGUAACCUGGGCAUUUAUAUUAAAUCAAUCGUGAAAGGGGGACCAGCUGAAAUGGUGAGAUCUCAGAUGGUUUUUUAAUGUGACUGAAUUUAAGAUGUUCAAUGUCUACUAUGAUUCCAACAAGAUCAUGUGUGGAAAUAUUGAAAUAAUGCACUAACUUUUAUGUCUCUACUUUUGACAGAACGGGAGGUUAACAGCAGGAGAUCAGCUGCUCAGCGUGGAUGGUCACAGUCUGGUUGGCAUCAGCCAAGAGAGGUAGCUGCUUCAUGAAAGCUUAUUAAGCAGCUGUCUGGAAAGAGUUUGCGUGGGAAGGUUUUACCUGGGAGCCUUGGAAAAUAUGAAAAAAAGAUGUUUCUGCAGCAUGCAAACCAUAAAAAUGUAGAGCAAAAUUAAAGGGAUAAUCAUACAUGGAAGCAUCUGGUAGGACAGUAUUAAAUAAACAGUAAAAACAAAUACUGACUGUCCAAUACAAAGUGUUUGCCCUGUGUCAAUUUAAAGGGAUAUUCCGGCGUAAAAUUAAUUAAUUCACGGUCAAUCACACCGUAACACCGAGUUAGACAUGCCAUCGAGAGAUGAAUGUUGCCGAGCGCUAGCUUCUCUAGUUAUACCAACUUUAGUGACGACCACAAGAUAGCAAAACACAGCGGUCUGAGGAGCCAUAAACAAACCUCAACCAGAACGCCACUCUAUAGCCACAAAUAAUGCUCAGAACAGCACCUAACUUCAUCAACAGGACAUAUAGGGUCACAGACAUAGUACUAGACACCAAACAUCUUUUUAACUUUGCCGAAUUUCUUUAGCAAAGAGACUAAACACAACUCACCUACUCUCUUCCAGCAGCCGCUUGUUUGUAGCGAGACCUCGGGCCAGUCCAUUAAGGACUGCUGCGGGGUGAAGUAGCUCAAGGACCCUUAUUUAAUUUUAUGCCGGAAUAUCCCUUUAAGAACCAGCUGACACAGGAGGUGUUUGCAGCAUAAUCUUUAUUUUCCUGACUUGUUUACCAAUUUAUUAAAAACGAAUGUAUUUUUUAAGGCUGCAACAAGAUUUUCAUAAACUGUAAUGAUAAAUAAAAUGCAGAUAAAGAAAAAAGUAUGCUUGGUUAGGGCCUGUGUCCAUUCAAAGCAUUUUUCUCCCCCACACAUCAAUGUAGUUCAACAUUGUCAGAUCUUAGUGCCAUGGCAGCAAAUAUACCCUCAGCGGUCAUAUGCUACUUCAAAAGAGCCUUAAAACUUAAAAAUAACUUGUGUAAUCUUAUCUUGGUGUAGGGCGGCGGCUAUCAUGAUGCAAACCGGCCCUGUUGUGACCUUACAAGUUGCAAAGUUUGGAGCGAGCUACCACGGCCUGGGAGCACUGCUGAGUGAGCCGACCUCAGAACAAACUGCAGGUAAAAAAAUAAAUGAACUUGAACAAUUGUUUCCUCAUUCGCUGUCUGCUCCUCUGGACUUGAUUAAGGCCUUUUUCUUCCUCCCUAAGGUGAUGAAAUCUACGCUACUCCAAACUAUAAAACACCAGAGCUGUACAGUGUUGUGGAUCCCGGACCCUCAGAACCGCUGCACGGAAACAGCAAAUGGAAGAAGGAGCAGAUGAUGCAGAGAAACAGACAGCUCUAUCGCUCCAACCCCAACAUGACCAGCAGUGAUUAUUCCGUUUUUUACUUCAAAAAAUCACUUGAUUGUAAUACGAUAUAUGCUCAUGGGCAGGUCAUAACAGCAACUUCUGCAUAAUGUUUCUGCUUGUUUUUGCAGGUUGUUCCCCUGGAGAUGGAGAUGAAAGUGUUGACCAUGUUGUGAGAGUGCACAACAUUGCUGCUGUAUCCAGUAUCAACCUCUGUACUAAUGAUGUGAGAUGAUUUCACCAUCUCAUACCAGUAGUUUUUCAGAUAUUAAAGGGAUAUUCCGGCGUAAAAUUAAUUUAGGGUCGUAACACCGAGUUAGACAACCUGUCGAGAGAUGAAUGUUGCCUUGCUUCUCUAGUUAUACCAACUUUAGUAACAACCGCACGGUAGCAAUACACAGCGGUCUCAGGGGCCACACACAAACCUCAACCAAAACGCCACUCUAUAGCCACAGAACAGUGCCUAGCUUCAUCAACAGUACAUGUAGGGUCCCAGCCACAGAACUAGCCACCAAACAUGUUCAUAACUUUGCCUAAUUUCUUUAGCAAAGAGACUAAACACAACUCAUACAUCAUAAAUGUUGUUCCUUGAGCUGCUUCACCCCGCAGCAGUCCGUGAUGGACUGGCCCGAGGUCUCGCUACAAACAAGCGGCUGCUGGAAGAGAGUAGGUCAGUUGUGUUUAGUCUCUUUGCUAAAGAAAUUAGGCAAAGUUAAAAAGAUGUUUGGUGGCUAGUGCUGUGGCUGGGACCCUAUAUGUCCUGUUGAUGAAGUUAGGUGCUGUUCUGAGCAUUAUUUGUGGCUAUAGAGUGGCGUUUUGGCCGAGGUUUGUGUAUAUCUCCUGAGACCUCUGUGUAUUGCCAUCGUGUGGUCAUUACUAAAGUUGGUAUAACUAGAGAAGCAAGCGGUCAGCAACAUUCAUCUCUCGAGGGGGUGUCUAACUUGGUGUUACGGUGUGAUUGACCCUAAAUUAAUUUUACACCAGAAUAUCCCUUUAAAUUACUUUUAAGAGGGGUGUAACAGACUAAAUUCCCACAUCAGACAGAAAUGCAGUUGAAGUACAAGUAUGGUGUGCUUUUGAGUCAAGCUAACCUUCACAAUAACUUGUUCUCAGACAUAUUGCAGAGAAUACCUUACACUCCCAACACUGAAAUCCCAGGAGAAGAAUAUGCCUGAAUCUGAGCGACCUCAGCAAGCAUUCAAAGUGUCUUUGAGGCCUUUAGACGGACACAGAUCAAGCAAGAGGACCUUCAUGGUAAGUUUCUAUCAAAGGUUGAUGCGCUUUAAGUCCCUCUGGCACUAUAUGAAGCCCCAUAGACAUCACAUUGUCAAAGUAUAAUGUUUACUGUUGGGAAAAGCAUUAACUUACCAUAAUGAUCACAAAACACUACUGAUUGUUGAUAAAAUGAUAUGCAAGUCCUAAAUACAACCUUUUCCUUUAAGCGUCAGGCUCUGUCCCAGGAGAACUUGUGCAUGGACAGUGGAGGCCCCCUGGUGGACAAAAGGCAGAACUUGUGGGAGCAGAGAGAGCAGAAAAGCCAUUUUUCCUCUUUCCCAAUUCGCUCCAGUGUUUCUUCCCAUGACAUCCUCUCAGAUGGGUUUUCUCCAAUCAAACAACAGCAGGGAAGCCAUACAAGUAGUGCUGGAGUUUGGAGAACUCCCUUUUCACAACAUCCAACUCCGACUCCUUCAAUCCAGCCGAUACGCAUAGACAUCCCUGUGACCAGAGUAGUGAACGCUCACACAAAUCCUCCACUCACAACCUUUCAGAGCUCGUCUUUGCUAGCACUGAAGAUGAGCCAAACUCUUAAAGUUAAUGGAAAAAGUCCUCCGAACCCAGCUCACCAUAUUUACGCAUGUCCCAUCCCUGCAAUCAAGAAGCUACCUCAGCCCUCAGCUCUGCCACAGCAGCAAAGAUCCACCACACACAGAGACCCUGCAGUAAAACCUCAGGUGAGCAUCCCUCCAACAAAACACGUCUCCUUUCAAGAACCUCCCACUCAGCAAAAGCAGGGUCCCACUAAGCAAAAAGCCCCCCAGGAGCUAUCUGACCCUUGGAGGAGGGAGGCCCAGGAGAAGCUGGAGAAGCAGCAGAGGCUCCAGGCGGUGGAGCUCUUGGAGAAGGAGGUGCAGGAGCUCCGGGGUAAAGUGAAGCGCUCUGCGGAGGAAAACGAGCGGCUCAGGAAGCUCAGCCUGGAGUGUCAGUUUCAGAGGAGGCUGCAGGAGAUUCAGCAGAGAGCGGAGGAGGAGGAAGAGGGGGAGGAAGACGAGGAUUUGGACAUGAUGGUGACGAUACAGCAGCUGGAGGAGCGGACACAGGUGAGGCACGAGAGAGGUACCAGGUAAAGAGACGAAACAUGAAUAAACUUGUUACUGCUGAUUAUGGCGCCUCUGUGGACAAGAUUUUGGGACUUUUUAGCCUUUAUCAGCCUGGAUGGAUGAAAGGGGACAUUAAAUAUGGAGAGCAUAGGAUCAGUGAAGACACAUCGAAAAGGGUUCAGGCUGGAAAUUGAACUACGGACCCUUGUGUUCAACUCUGUAUGGAGUGCUUAAAUUGCUAAUUUGUUUUUAUACUUAAACCAAGAGGGAAAAUUAGCUCUUCAAACAUACCAAAACUUAAGUAUUACUUGAGUCGUAUCAUUAGGCAAUUUAUUCCAACCUUAAAAAUAAUAAAUGGCUUAUGCUCAACAUGCAACAGUCUUAGGUGAAGGUAAAUUUCAAUGGGCAUUUCUGUGUGAACUGAAGCUGAUCUCAUUUAGAAGUCUAACUCUGUAUUAUUUCCGUAUACAGAACAGGAGAGGCUCUACUGGUAAAAUCCACACUGAAUAUAAAGAGCCAGAAAAGAAGGAAGAAAUUAAUCUGUCCCAAAAGACAGGUAAUACUACACCAAACAAAUUCAACUCUUCUUUUAGUUUUCUUUAUUUAAAAUAAUCUGUGCACAUCAGACAUUUUGUUUUAUUGCACUUUGAAACAUUUGCAUUUCUUUAGCAGAUCAAAGAUGGAGUGGACGGAGUCAAGAUGAUAACACGGCAUCAAAAGAGUAAGUUUUUACCUGCUGAAGCGAAACAUUGAUAUGAACCCAUUUACAAGCAACCGUUUAAAAAGAGUUCCUACUUUUUUACUGUGCUGGCACAUAAAUGUUGAUGCACAACAAACUUUUUAGAGAAUGUUGUACUUCUUUUUUUAAAUAGAGAGACAUCACUGCAAACUAAUUCUUCCAAAACCCUUUACAGGUGUGUUUGAAAGAUCCCUGAGUAAAAUGACUAUGACGUCUACAUUUUUAAUGAAUAUAAUUAAAACAGCACAGGCAACUGUUUGUGUCCCAUAAAGUUAUUCCCCCGUCAUUCAAGUAUUCCUGCUUAAACUUUAAUUUCUUCACAGGAACCAGGAGGAGAAAAUCAGGAGGGCAUCAGCUCCUGAAAAGCUCACCUUCAAGGAGCGUCAGCGUUUGUUUUCCCUGGCCUCAAGUGCAUAA